CUUGAUUUCCAUCUUUCAUUAGCAUUACACGUAAUCCGGAAGAAAUUUGAAGACGACAGACAGAAUGAAAGAGACGUACAAGAUUGUAAUUCACUUCAAUUACCAAAAGGGAUAUUACGAUUAUGUGUUUUUUUCCAUCCCAAUACAAGAAUUCAGUAGCCUACCAACAACUAAUACUGCAUUAUUACAACGUGUAUAUACUGUUUGCGUCGUCCCUAUAUUCACAUGGAACGACAACGCCGUAGAAACGAACGAACAAGAUUCCGUUUAUAAUAACAACACUCAAUUAGAAUCACUACCAGAUUUAGAAGAAUCCGAACCAUUAAAUUAUUUUUCAGUUCUGACGGAUAUAGCUGAGAGUGAAAACAGUUCCCUUUGUUUAUAUGAAGACCACACUAAUGCUAACCAGUCUUUGAGUUCUGCAUCUUUCGGUAAUUUUGAAAGAAAUCGACAACUUGCUCCGUUCUCCUUUACACAUGAUGAAGCAGAUUAUGUUGACUUGCGUUCUACCUCAAGAGAAAGAUCUGGCAAUAGUCAGAUGUCUAUGAGCUCUCACUCCGAACGACAUUUGACAGCACCAUCUUCAGUUACAGCUGUAAGCAACCCACUAUCUUCAACUGCAUCAGCCCCUAUUAUCAUUUCCAGUGCUCAUAGUUUCACCGAUGUGUCAGAACAAGACUUUGUUCAACGUCGUUUGCCAGAUGAACACCCUAGAAUAUCUUUGAGUCAUGUUAGCAACAUCUUCCCAGCUCAAAAUGAACUGCUAAGAACAUCCGAUAUUGUACAUGUUGACCGAAGAACCUUCAAUCCUACUAAUACUGCAGGAGCUACAGUACAAAUGGAAUCAAACCAUACAACCAGACUUGAAAGGAGAAUUUUGGAAAAUUGCAUUGAGAAUAUUGAUGAUUGUACAACAACUGGAAUUUCGAAUGUUGGUGAUAACGAAUACGUCGAGGAUGCUGAUUUAUUUCCAACUGCAGCACAAAGCAGUUGUGAUGAUGUAGACAUUAUAACUGUGGAGAACCAAUUGAGAAUACACAACUUACAACAACGUUAUCAUUCAAAUACGCAUUCCCCGGACAUUAGAGACCAUGCGUUUAGUCAUCUCAAUUGGCACAACACACGUCCACCUGAGGAAAUUACAGAAAGUCAGAUGCUUCUUCUUGAAAACGAACAAAAUGUGAACACUGCCAGACAUCGUAUAAUUUCAAGUCUGAUUGAGAAAGGUUUUAUACUAGAAAGAAUCGAAAAUGCAAUUCAGCAUUUACCCUCAACAAGACGACACAACUUUUCGAUUGAUGAUUUGCAUGAAUUUCUGCGUAAUGAGAAUAGAUACGAAGAAGAAGGCUAUGAUUUGUGAUCACUGUUAUUGGGAUAUCAAAGUAAAGAACAGCCUACAGCCUUCUUGUUAUUGUCCAUUUCGUAUUUAAAGAUGACGAUCGUUUUGAAACAAUACUAUUGUUAUAUUGUCUUUACUUCUUGUUAUAUGUGAUUUGAUAUGAAUUUAGUUCUUUAAAAUACGUUUUUUAUUGUGCGUAUAUUUAACUUAAAUAUGUUUACUUAAGGUGGUACCUAACACUUAAACUAAAAUUAAUUUGGUUCGUUUAAUAUUCCUAACAUUUUAACACAGUAUUUACUUCGGCCCUUUGACAAAAAUAUAAACAUUUCAAAAUUUUUGAACCAACCGUUUAAUCAGAAAAAUUAUACUGGUUAUAUAACAGUUUGACAAACACUUAUUUUAAUUUGAUCAUUGAGAAGCUUAAUUUACCGGAUUUGUAAUCACAUAAGCAACACGACGGGUGCCGCAUGUGGAGCAGGAUCUGCUUACCCUUCCGGAGCACCUGAGAUCACCCCUAGUUUUUGGUGGGGUUCGUGUUGUUUAUUCUCUAGUUUUCUAUGUUGUGUCAUGUGUACUAUUGUUUUUCUGUUCGUCUUUUUCAUGUUUAGCCAUGGCGUUGUCAGUUUGUUUUAGAUUUAUGAGUUUGACUGUCCCUUUGGUAUCUUUCGUCCCUCUUUUAAUAUUCCCUUAUGACCACAACGUCAUUAAAACGUUCUGCUGAUUUUACAGAGUUAUCUCCCUGUAGUGCUAGGUACCACCUUAAUCAAUUUCAGCUGUCAAUUUCGUCAUGCAGGUAUUAUUCCGGACCAUAACAAAAGAAGCAUUGUUCAAUCUGUUUGUACAUGCAUAUGUUCUUUACCCUAUAUUUCACAUACACAUUAAUACUAUCGCGUAGAUGUCGCUUAUGUUAGAUAUGCAGCAGCAUAAUUUGAUAAGACGCCUUGAUUUAAGUCCAAUAAGAUCAUAGUUAUAUUAUGUAAUUAAAUACGAAUUGACCAUGCGUCCGAUGCGCUUUUUCUGAAUUUAAAUCGUGUGCAACAUAACUUAGUUAUACUUUAAUAAGAGUUGCAUAUUUCUAAAUCACUAUUGCAAAAGUAACAGAAAAUCAUUUAAUCCACCGUUGUCUACAUCACAAAAUACCUGUACCAAUAUGACAGUUGUUAUCUAUUUAUUUAAUGUGUUUGAAAUUUGAAUUUGUUUCAUAUGAUUAUGAACUUUCUGUUUCGAAUUGUCUACGGAGUUUGAUAUUUUUGUUGUUUUACAUUAAAAUUAUUCAAUAAGACUUUUUAUAAUUUUAUAAUAAUUUAUCUGUAUGUAUUGAUCUCUCAACAUGC